AUGGCUAACUUCAACAUGAACAUGAUGACUUCUUAUUGUCAUCUUCUCAGUUCAUCAACAAAAAUCCCGAUGUUGAUUCAUGAAUUCUAUGAUCAAUGGUCCGAUCGAAUUGAAGACUAUUUGAAUGGAAUAGACGAAGAUCUCUGGAAAUGUAUUACUGGUGAAAUUCAUCCUGCAAGUCUGUUACAACGUGUUGGAACUAUUGCUUCUAGUUCAGGUGUUGCUCAACAAACAGAGAAACAGAAGAAAAAUGACAAAAGAUGCUUGCGUGAACUUCAUGGUGCUCUUCUACCGGUGGUUUACAACUAUGUAAAGAAAUGUAUGGAUGAGCUAGGAGAUUUCAAACAAAAAGAAGGUGAAAACAUUGAACUCUAUUUUGAUCGAAUUAAUGAAUUAAUAUUCAAAUGCAUUCAAUAUGGAGUCAUUUGUUCAACAAUGGAAUUCAACUUGACCUUCCUGAUGGGACUUCGCAAAGGAUGGCGAAAUAUCAGCCUUAUGAUUAAGACUCAACAAAGUUUUGAUUACUACUCUCUUGGUGAUCUAUACAACAUGCUAACAGCUCACUAA